UCCUCUGAUUUCUCUCUCUUUUUUUAACACAAGUUUAAACCAACUCUCGAUUCAUAUUUCUAGUUUUCAAUGUGGCUAAUCGUCACCUUUUUUGUACAAAUGUACAGCCAAUCAACAGCUGUCCUAUCUUCUUUUUCAAUCAGUUUGUUGAAGUAUUUCUUUUAUUAUAUGUACUGAUUUGAUCUGCAUUUAGUGCCUGAUUAUCGUUCCCAAAAAUAUCAAGGUGAAUGUCAACAUUGUUUGGAUUUUUAAUGUAAUUUGGUUGCUUUUGAAUUUUGAUGGUUAUAUAGCUCUGUUUGGUCGCAAAAAUAUUAUUGAUUGAGAUGGAAUUCUAGGGUUGGAAUUAGAGAGUCUACAUUUGAGUGCUACAACGUCUUUGUUAUUUGUGAUUUUGGAUAGUUAUGGCGGAAUUAAUAGAGUUUUGCGUCAUGGGAAGGUUUCUGAUGCAUUUAUGUUAUGCUAUAGUUGGUUGAAGCUUGGGACAUUUUUUUCAGCAAUAUCUGUUGCUGAGUUUUGGAUGUUUGACAGUGAGGGUGUGACGGGAUACGGGAAAUGAGUUUAAGGACAUGGUGCUUCGGCAGCAUAGUUCAAUCUGGUCAGCUCCUGCAUUGGCAAGUUCUGGCCAGAAAAUAGGAAAUCUGUACUUGUAUAAGUCACAGGAUCUCCUUUCUCGUCAAUUGCAAUGUCUCGCUGUUUUCCCUUUCCGCCGCCUGGAUAUGAGUUGAAGGGUAGACCCGAUGAUGUGGAUGCGAUCAUAAAGGGGAAACAAAAGCACAAGAAGCACAAGGAUGAGAGGGGGAAGAAUGAUAAGAAAGAAAACGGUGAAAGAAAGAAAAAGGAGAGAGGCGCAGAGAAACACAAAGACAAGAAGGAUAAGAAACGAAAGCGGGAGAAACACAGAGACAAGAAGGAUAAGAAUAAAGAUAAAGAAAAGAGUGUAGGGCCCUUGGAGAGCCAAAAUGAUCAUAUGCCUGUUCCAGAUAGUGAACCAACGGAUAGAAUCCAGGGCGAGAGAACUGCCGUCAAAUUGGGAAAUAGAGUUAAAAAUGACGGAUCAAUGGGUGUCCAAAUGGUUCAGAAAGUCACAAUUUUGGAAAGGCAAAAGACCAACUUGUCAGAUAAGGUGCAAGAGAAUGGUAAUGUCAGGUUGGGUAUUAAGGAUCUGAGAGAUUGCAGCAGAAUGGCUGAUUGUCAAAGUUUCCAAGUUGAUUCAAGAAGUUUGGAAAAUGGCAGGAAUAGUUAUGGAGAAAAUCAAAUUAAGGUUGAGGAGGGAAAGGAAAGAAAUGAAUACGGAUACAGGAUUGGCACAGGUGAAGGGGGUACUAGCAUGAAUGCAGAUCGAAAUAAGAAUGAGAAAGUAAAGGGCAAGAAAGGAAAAGAGGAGUAUAAAAGAGAGUUAACUGGGUUUAUGAAUUGCAAGGUCAAGGAAAAUACAAGUGAUGUUAAUCUUCUACAUUUUCCCUCAGAUCUUCUGAAGGAGAACAUUGACUGCCAGGGAAAGCUUCCAAAGCUGAAGGAGUUGAAUGGCUUCUUACAUGCCAAAGACAGUGGAGUUCGUCUCAUCGCGUCUGAUCAAGUUGAUCAAACCGGAACUAGUAUUCGUCCUUGUCAAAAUACUAUUAACAUAGGCGUGGUGGGUAAAAGAGCUGUUAUUACAGAUGAGAAGAAGGUGAAUGGCAAGCUUUCAUCCCCUCAAUCGGUGAUUGAUAACGUAAGGAAUAUUGGACCUUGCCAGGCCGCAGCAUAUAACAGAAAAACCGAGAAUGGUAGGGUUCAUAUUAAUUCUCAUGUUGUGAGUAAUGGCGUUAUCUCCCCUCACAUUGUCCGUAUUCAAAGAAAGAUGGAACCAUGCCAGACUAGCAAGAACGUUGCAAUGGCCAAGCAGAUCAAUAGCAGUUUUGACCAAAAAGUUCCAUCCUCACAUCCACAAGUGGAGAUUGGAGGAAAAAUGGCUGUGCAAGCGCUAGAUGCUAGCCAUAUGAGGAUGCAUACAAAUGAGUCGAGUAUUAGUGGUUCUUUAGAAGGUAAGAAACACUCUUCAUCAAGAAAGCUGAAGGUCACCACCACCACCAACACGAAGCCUCCUCACCCUGACGUGAACUACUUGAGCCAGAUACUAACUGUUCCUGAGGUAGAAUGGCCACAAAGCCAUGAUCAAGAAUGGUUGUUUGACCGCCAACAUUCAGAAACAAAGAGGCCCAAAUUAGCAUCCCCGGAGACGAAACAUGUCUGGUCAGAAGCCAUACAUUUGAAGUCUUCAGAUGUGCCCGCGUUGCCAUAUGUCACUCCUUACUAGAUGGGAUCAAGAAAAUUUGCUUCUUUUGAUCACCUCAAAUUGUCGAAGAGAGAGCAUCUGCACUGCACCGGAUUUUGGGUGAGUUGCGUUCAUGGUUUCUGCUGUGCUGUUAACUGCUAAUGUUAGGUGAAGACUGGGAAGCAGUCUUGCCAUUUCUGACAUGCUACAUCUGCAUAGACAGAUCCAAGUGCCCAUUUCUAAACUCUCAUGUUCUUGAAUCUUGGUUAUGGGAGGAGCUCUAUUUGCUGUGAAUUCUUGGCAGAAGCGAGUUAAGAGGAGCUAUCGAUGGAUGCAGUGGUGGAGUUGUGCCAGCUGGACCGUGAGGAAACCGGAGCUACCUACCCAGGCCGCCGGCAAUUAGUAGGGCCAAUACAUAAUACUACUUACAUGUACUAUAAUUUAUCAAUAUGGUUAGAAAACAUGUGUGUGAUGAUCGCUUGUUGAUUGUUGUGCUAAUACUAGGUUUUAGCCUUGAUUUUCUUAA